AUGCGAGCAGUACUGCCGGGGAGACCCCCAGCGAAGCUCCAGUCUUUCGGCACCGCGUCCUGGAAUGGCCUUCGAGUUGUUGUGUACAUCUCCGGUCAGGCACUUGUCAUCCUCGGCGGCCCGCACAAGCUCCUACAAACGAUCUAUGUCGACGAUGCACCUACGCUAGAGGCUGUCGCGAUAGACGAAGCUUCGGGGAGGAUAGCUGCUUGCGGGGGCCCGCAUGCUUUCGUCUACGAGCCUUACGGGACCUACGGCGAAACGCUGAAGUGGUCGCUGUCAUAUACCCUCCGCUACGAAGACGAUGAGGAGCCGAUCCGUACGAUAUCGUGGGGCUCGUCCGACGAGCUCCUCUUGGGCAACUCGCAUCUCACACUUUGGUUUCUGAACGACACACCUCGGGCGGCAUGGCGGCAGAAGCUGGCGAAUCCGGUCAAGUUCGCGCAAAUAUCGCCCGACUCCACUCUUGUCGUUACUACCGGACUUUAUGAUCGGUUUGUGAAGGUAUGGAGGCGAUUGUCGUUCGGCGCCGACGACGUGCGGUUCGACGUGUCAUAUCUGGCGCAUCCUGCUAUAAUUACGGGGUUCCACUGGCGCCGGCCGCUUCAUGGAGAACAAUCGAUGGCCAAUGUAUUCUACACGUUAUGUGCCGAUAAUAAGAUCCGAGUCUGGGCAGCGAUUGACAACCAUGCCCCGUCUCCGCUACAGCUCUGGACGCAGAUUGACAUGGACCGGUCUGUCCAACCGAGGCAUGCGACGAAUGGAGCGAGUGUAUCGCGUCGCUACGGAUUCAUUAUUGACAGCCGAGAUUUUUGCAGCGCUACCGAGCGGGCAGUGGAGCGAGGUACGGGGAAUCAAGGAAACCAUGCUCUGGAACACAUCAUUGAGGUUGCGACGAAGAGCCCGGAAAUCUGUGUGGUAAUGGACGGCGAGGGACAUAUGGCUGCCUGGGCGCUGGAAGAUGUUGGCUCAAAGGCCGGUACUCAAAUGAAUGUUUUCAACAUCCUCCACGUUGAGGGUCUAGACUUUUCAUUCUUGCGUGGGCUUACUGCGAACGAGGAUUAUGCACAGAUCUGUGCUUUUCAAAGUGCAGACCCUGGAGACACGCUAUCAAUUUUGGUCCAUCACUUCGACGGCCGGAUCGAAUGGUUUGACUCGCAGGUCGAUGUCAUGUUCGACCCGGCUCCGGUCAAGAAUCGGAUUGCCCGUAAGGCGUCUUGGACUGGGCACAUUGGUCCCGUCAAGAAGAUUGUCCGAAAUGCGUUUGGUGAUACUCUCACAUCACGUACCGACGAUAACAAAGCCUUGAUAUGGAGACAGAAGCGGAGGAACAGCGGUUCAGGGCUUGUCCGGAAGAGCACGUUGUUCUCCCAAGAGCAUAUCCAUCGCAGCUGCGUGGUCGAGAAUGGUGGCUUUGUCGUGAAUCUACACCAUAAGGGGAUCUCUAUCUGGGAUGUCCGCUCGUUCCAUGCCAAGAAAAUCGCGUCCUCGGAGUUCGAGCUCUCAAGUAAGCCACUUUGCGUUCUGGAGAUGCUUACCCCCGAGAAGAAUGCUGGUGUUGUAUACAUCGCGGCAAUUGCGGCGGAUAUGAGUGGAAUUGCUUGGGAGGUCAGUCUUCCGGUUGCAAAAGGGCAAUCAAAGUCCGACUGCCACCUGAACAAAUUCUGUACCUUUGACCUAGGUCUGAAAGAGGACGUCGCAUACUUCCUACCUGUGGACCCUGCCGGCCCUCGGACCCAGAUGUCGGGAUUCUUUGACAUGUUUUCACCUGACAUAGCGCUGUCUUACACGACGACUGGAAUUGUCCGCACAUGGACCGCUAAAGUGGACAAGGGGAAUGGCCGGUUAGACUGGCUACUGACCUCCACGGUUGAGACGGGGAUCACGAAUAUCUCUCUCGCUAGUGGAAGUUCCAUCAAAAAAGCCGCACUCGUUGAUGAGGGUCGAACGCAUCUAACAAUCUGGGAUACAAAGGGGGCGCAGCUCGAGUUUGAGGAGCACUUCGGCCAGCAAGACAUCAUCCGCGACUUGGACUGGACGUCCACACCGGACAUGCAGUCCGUUCUCGCUGUUGGAUUCCCUCACAAAGUCAUCCUCCUCACGCAGCUACGCUAUGACUACCUCGACUCUGGCCCGUCCUGGACGCAAAUUCGCGAGAUCUGGAUUCGCGACCUCACCCCUCAUCCUAUUGGGGACUCUUGCUGGCUGAGCAACGGCCACCUGGCUAUCGGCGCGGGUAACCAGCUCUUUGUAUACGACAAUGAGAUUGAAGUCGCAGACCGGCUGGUGUCACAGCUCCGUAUUCCUACUCGUGGCUCGUCAACUGUAGAUCUCUUUGAAGUCGUGAGCCGACUCAAUGGCGCGCUUCCUGCAUUCCACCCGCAGUUCCUUGCCCAGUGUAUACUUAGCGGCAAAACGAACCUGGUGCAUUCGAUUUUGAUGAAUCUUCAUCGGAAAUUGAAGUUUUACACGGAGGGCGACGAGAUUGACGGCUUCCUGGAGAUGCCAUUAGAAGAUUAUUAUUUUGAUCGUGAUACGCCACAAAAAGCAGUAUCUAAAGAACUGCACUCGUCAUAUGCAGACCUUUCUCUAGAGGAUGAGCCUACAGUCGUGGACGAGGCCACUGCAGCCAUUCUCAACGAGAACUUGGCGCGGCUUGCAUUACCGCAACUGACUAGCCAGGAACAAGUCCGGCUAGUGGAUACGAUUGAAUGCGUUGCCACUGUUGAGAAGCAUCGGCGUUCAAUGGAUGACAAUGCUGCGCGCUAUCUUUUGUUCUUCCGACAGCAUAUGCUGCGCAGGACCCAGGGGAUUGCGAAUAACGACACGGUUUCCUGGCGAGAGAUUGUUUGGGCUUUCCACAGUGGCAGCCAAGACAUACUUAUAGACCUUGUUUCAAGACAGUUCGGCGGCAAACUGUCAUGGAAAUCUGCCCGGGAGAGCGGGAUGUUCAUGUGGCUGUCGAGUCCUGCAGCGAUUCGCGCACAGCUGGAGGUAGUGGCUCGGAACGAGUACACCAAGUCUGAAGAGAGGAAUCCAAUCGACUGCUCUUUGUACUACUUGGCGCUCAGGAAGAAGAACAUUCUUCAGGGUCUCUGGAGGAUGGCUCACUGGAACCGAGAGCAGUCGGCGACGCAAAAGUUGCUGGCGAACGACUUUCGAGAACCUCGAUGGCAGACUGCCGCUCUGAAGAACGCAUAUGCGCUGCUUGGAAGGCGGAGAUUUGAAUAUGCUGCGACGUUUUUCCUUCUGGCAGACCACUUGCGAGAUGCUGUUCAGGUCUGCCUUAACCAAGUUGGCGAUCUUCAGCUUGCAAUUGCUAUUGCCCGUGCCUAUGAGGGAGAUGAUGGCCCGGUGCUAAAGGAGAUACUGGAGACGAGAGUACUGCCUGAAGCUGCCGUUGACGGGAACCGCUGGAUGGCUUCCUGGGCGUUCUGGAUGCUCGGCCGUCGUGAUAUGGCCGUGCGGUCACUUAUUUCCCCCGUUGAGUCCCUUAUCCCCUCAGAUCCGACGUCCCCCGAGACCCCCGGUUCAAUUCCCCUGCAAGCCAAAUCCUACCUAUCCAACGACCCAGCACUGGUAGUCCUCUACAAACAACUCCGCGAAAAGACCCUUCAAACCCUAAAAGGCGCCUCGAAAGUAUCUGCCCAAGCUGAAUGGGACUUUGUCCUUCGAAACGCACGUCUUUAUGAUCGUAUGGGCUGUGACCUGCUCGCCCUCGACCUCGUCCGCCACUGGGAGUUCUUAAAGGAGCCGCCGCCUACACAGCUGACCAAGGACGGUACAAUCAAUCUCGUCGACGGCGCCAUUGAUUAUCGGAAGAUGCUCCGCCGGCGAAGCAGUCUUGUUGUGGCGGAUAUGCCGGCUAAGCCACCGUCACCGGUUGCGCCGAAGAAGCAGCAACCGCCGCCUACGAUGUUCCAUGAGCCUGAUGCAAACUCGCUGCUUGAUAGCUUUGGCUUCUAG